UCUUUUCAGAAAAAUAAUUAUAAAAAUGAAGACUUCAUUGAUUCUGAUUGCUUCCAUUACGGUUGUGGCUAGUAGUCCUCUUGGAAGAAGCAGCUACAUUGAUGCUAUCAAACGAUGCAAUACAUAUGUGGAUAAAUUACUGGUGAACACAGCGAAAAAUAAUAAUUUGGAAUCAUUUCCCGUUUACCGAAGAGAACUUAACUUUAGGAAGAAAGUAGUUUUCUAUCCAUUCAAAUGCUAUGCCAACUUGACAGAGGGUCACAUUACAGGAUUGGGCAAUCUUCAUCGAAAGGGCGCAUGCUCCAUAUCCUAUCAUAACAGAAGACUGAAAAUUCACACAGAAACCGAAACCAAACAAAUUAACUUCAAUUUCACUGGCAAAGCAUCCGUUAUCGGUUCAACCGCUGACGUCAUGAUAGACGCUGUUACCUCUCCUUUGAAAAUCGAAAUGGAUUUCUCAUUUAAUGGCUCAUCAGGUGACGCUGGCAAGUUGGACAGCUACAGGCCAACCGUCAUAUCGAACAUGAAUGUUUGGAUUGAUGGCCUGGGUAUGAUGGAAUGGAUAAGGAAACCCAUGGAAGAAAACGUGGAAGAGUUGUUCUUUAACUUAAUUAAUACAUUGACACAUCACCAUCUGAAAGAAGCGCUUAGUGAGGAUAUUCAGAAGAAUCCUUUUUCUAUAGAAGACUACGAAGAUAUUUAUGCAUCUACAAUUGAGCCAGUCACUGAAGACCAUAGAACAACACCUCGUGGCAAAGAAGAAUAUAGUAUAGAGGAUUCUAACAGUUACAUCGACUCUGUUCUAACCAACCGGUUUUUGUUCGAAUCGAAGUAUAGCAAGCUGGAUCCUCUCGCUUUGAGUAACACUCGCUUGGAAAAAGUUUUUGUCCGAGAUCCUCAAAACGAAGAUGCAAAUUUCCUCAAGCUUGAGAAGGGCGAAUUUGAACACCUGUCCAACGUGAGGAGGAAUUCCGAAUGCAGCAUUCCCGAAUUCAAUGAAAGAAACAUUACUUUUGAAUGCUCUCUUGGAUUCAAUGAAUUAACUCUGCAGUACCAAGCCGAAGCACACAAUGGUAGUGAUGUUUAUAAUUUCCAGCUCAUCGUUAGAGUCAAACAAACAAAAUUAUCGUUAAAGGUUACGUCUACCUUAAGUGACAAUGUUCCGACAAUCCUUGACUAUUCAGUCGACGAUGUGGGCAAAAUCGCCAUAACAGCUGCCAUAGAUAUUGUGGGUGCCCAAACGAGAUCACCCUCUUCGAUAGAAACUCUCUACAACAGCAAAGUCAUCCUGACGUACUUUUCCGAAGAAGUAAAUAGCAUUUUGAAAGGACGAUUUAAAGAAGUCUUGAACUACAGCAUUUACAAAACACCUCUGCAUUUCUUGGACUCCUAA